AUGACGAACUGCGCAAAAAUACUAUCAUUUCUUGUCAUUCUAUUUGCAAACUCAAUAAAAACACAAAGAUUUCGAAGAAUCUGUGAGGCACAAGAAACAUGCAUGAAUUGUGGUGACGAUCGCUUCUCAUAUUAUAAAUGCAACGCGUCACAUGAUUGCCUGGCUGAUGAAAUUUGUACCGGACAAGGUUUCUGCUGUCCUGCAACGGAACUGAGUAGGACAGUGUCAUCUUUGUUCAGUGAUAAUUUUGAAUUUAUUGGUGUUCCGGCUUACAAAUAUGAAUCGGAAAAGUCAGGAAUGUGUCCAGAUGGUAGUCCAUGGAGUCGACAAUGCAGUAAUGAUUCAGAUUGCACACUUACUAAUGAAAUUUGUGCAACUGGAAAAUGUUGUUCAGUAUGCUCACAACACCGCCGUCGAGUACUGAACGAUUUGCCGACUAACAACGUUGUCGGUGUGCACAUUCCGCAAUGUGACCCUGCUGGAAAACACUAUCGAGCGGUGCAGUGUCGUACCGGAACUGAGGAAUGUUGGUGUGUUUCACGAUUUGGCCGGAUUAUUGGGUCGCUAAAACCUAAAACGACAAACUUAAAUGCAGCAUGUGAAACGCUGCGACUAACAGUGAAGCGUAUUAUAGAGGAGAAACGUGAAACUGUUAACGUACGUCGAAAGCAAGGGAGUUUGACAAGUUCAAAAGAAAAAAGUCAUUCGAUUGAUAUAAUAGUGAAAGGACAAAGUUCAGAGCUAAAGCAACAACUUCGUAGUAUAAAUGGCACAGUCAGUGAUAAAUGCUUAUGGAUGAAACCUGGACACUGUUCCGAUCAACCAGUAUCACUUACUGAUGCGUCCAAACUUUGCCACUGUGACGAUGACUGUCCAGCUUUACAGAAAUGUUGUCCGGUUCUAACCAGUGGAUUAGCUUGUUCCUCAAAUAUUAAUACUGAUAAAUUCCCAGUGAUAUCACACUUCCCAUUAACGAAUUCAACAACAACAACAACAAUAUGUGCCAAGAAUGAGCAAUUUGUGGAAUGUCUUGAUGAGUGCAAAGCAACUUGCUUCACAAAAACAACAAUUCCAUGUUUUAUUGAACGAUGCAAAAGUGGAUGCCAGUGCAAAUCAGGUUUCAUUCGUCAAAAAAAUGACCUUCAUGCUCCAUGCAUUCCACAGGACGAAUGUCCUCCUCAAUCGAUUAUGGAAAGUAAAACACGUUGUGCUGAUCCCUUACGUGAGUACGAAAUUUGUGGCCCAGGAUGCCCAAUUUCUUGUUCUUCUCGAAGUGAGAAAUGUAAAGUUGAAGGAUGUGUGGAAGGAUGUUUUUGUAAAAUACCGUAUAUUCUUGAGAAUGGUGCAGAUCCAAUUCAUUCCAGGUGCAUUUUACCGGCAUAUUGUCCUCUGUUAGUGCGAGACUAUUCUCCUCCACUGAAUGCUACCGUCGUUCACUUUAAUUCAACGUCUCCUGUGACCUCUAAUUCGCGCUUAUUUCUCGAAGGUCGCGAAGAUUCGAUCGCUCCACCAACAGCGAUGCACUGCAGUGACCCAUUUAAGAAUUUCCACAUUUGUGGUUCUGGCUGUCCAGCUGGUUGCAAUAACAAAGUAGCCGGUUUCUGUGGUACGCAGUGUGUUGCCGGAUGUUUCUGUCGUAAUCCAUACAUUUUGCAAGAUGCUUACAACUUGAAUUCUCCUUGUAUACUGCCUCAUCAAUGUCACUCACUAACAGUUCAACAGCAAAUUUGCUCUGAUCCACGGAAACAGUGGACACAUUGCUUUUCUUCUCAAUGCACACGUAGUUGUUCGAAUCUAGAAACGUCGUGCAAAUCAAGUGAGUGUACACCUGGUUGUAUUUGUCGUGAACCAUACGUAUUGCUCGAUUCGCGUAACCCUAAUUCACGUUGCGUACUUCCCAGUGAAUGCGGUUCACAGUGUUCGGAUCCACUGAAAGAGUAUCAAGCUUGUGCUUCAUCAUGCCCCAUUGGUUGCAACAAUCGAGUACCGCAGACGUGUUCACCGUGUGUGUCCGGUUGCUUCUGCAAAUCAGGAUUUGUAUUUGAAGAUGCUAUAAAUUGGCGCACUUCUGAAUGCAUACCAUUGAAUCAGUGCCCAGUGGGUAACAUUUCUGCGAUAUCAGGAAUAUUUAAUUCCGAGAACAAUAAGUUAGCUAAUAUGGCUAUGGCAGAAUGUCCUGAGACAACAGUUGAUCUAAGUGGAAAAUUUUGUAAUUUUGAUUCUGAUUGUCCAAUACAACAGCGUUGUUGUCGUUCAAAUCUAUUCGCAAUGAUCAGUUCAAAGCGAUCACGUUGCACGUGUAUUGAUCCACAUGCGUACUGGGAUUCGUGUGGCAUUUUAUGUCCAGAAUAUUGUGGACAACUUGCAACGCCGGUCUGUUCAUCGACAUGUAAUCCUGGUUGUCACUGCGCAUCUGGUUACGUGAAAGCACGUAAUCAUGUAAUGGCGCCAUGUGUACUGCGAACACAAUGUUUACAGCAAGGAAAGUAUUACAAUACUGCUGAAAACAUAGAACGUACAACCAAACCGUAUAAUCUGUAUAAAGAAAUAGCAAGUGCGAAGAUGUUAAGCGAUGGGAAUAAAAUUAUUGGUGAUGUGAAAAUUAAACAGAUUAACAAAGGAAGAAUUAAACUGGAAGGUACAAUUGAAGGAUUACCGGAUGGCGAACAUGCAAUCAUUAUACAUCAAGCUGGUGAUUUGUCCAAUUCAUGCGCUAACAUUGGUCCGAUUAUGGCAUCUGAUAAAAAGUUUAAUGUAUCUGCUAUAUUUGGAAAUGUUAAAGCAAAUGGUACUGCAGAUGUAACAAUCGAUCGAGAAAUCGACUGGCCACAAGAUAUCUCACUGAUUGGUCAUUCAUUGGUGAUUCAUAAAUUAUCAGUAAUAGAGUGGUCACUACGUGAUAAAGAUAUUCUACCAUUAGCCUGUGGUACGAUUGGUUUUGCAUCGGCAUAA